CCGGAGCAGACUGGCGGACUGGGCGCUGAGACUAGCCCGGCGGGAUCACAGGCGGGAGGACAACCCAGCGCGCUGCGGUGGGGCCCCGCAGACAGAGACUUGGAGCUGUCCACCCAGGCGGAGCGCGUCCCUGCGCCUACACAUCCAGCUCCACCUGCCUGGCCAUGGCACUGUGUCUGAAGCAGGUAUUUGCUAAGGACAAGACUUUCCGGCCCCGGAAGCGCUUCGAGCCUGGCACACAACGCUUUGAGCUAUAUAAGAAGGCACAAGCGUCACUCAAGUCCGGCCUGGACCUUCGGACUGUGGUGAGGCUGCCUCCUGGUGAGAGCAUCGAUGACUGGAUCGCUGUGCAUGUGGUGGAUUUCUUCAACCGUAUCAAUCUCAUCUAUGGCACCAUGGCUGAGCACUGCAGUGAGUCCAGCUGCCCAGUCAUGGCUGGUGGGCCCCGCUAUGAGUACCGCUGGCAGGACGAGCGCCAGUACCGGAGGCCUGCCAAGCUCUCAGCACCCCGCUAUAUGGCACUGCUCAUGGAUUGGAUCGAGGGUCUCAUCAAUGAUGAGGAUGUCUUUCCUACACGUGUUGGAGUUCCCUUCCCCAAGAACUUCCAGCAGGUCUGCACCAAGAUCCUGACCCGCCUCUUCCGCGUCUUUGUCCAUGUCUACAUCCACCACUUCGACAGCAUCCUUAGCAUGGGGGCGGAGGCGCACGUCAACACCUGCUACAAGCACUUUUACUACUUUAUCCAGGAGUUCAGCCUGGUGGACCAGAGGGAACUAGAGCCAUUGGUAAGGCCAAGUCUCCACUGCCCUUCCCUGCCGAUGCUAGCCUCUAAACGCCCAGAUCCGAAAGAUCUGUAUGAAACUCCUAUGCCAGGUGGGUAAGUGAGGGGGGCAACUCACUCAACAGUGGGUUCUGUGCUCUCGUAGAGUGUUCAUGGAGAUGUCAGUUUACAA